GACCAGAAGGCACGAGUCAGCCACACGUGCUCUGCUUUCUGUUGAAUAUCGGCGCUCGAUUUAUUUCAUUUACCGGAAAGACUUAGUCUAAGCUUGUUGCUCCCACUUGUUUGUGGCAAAAGCCAUAAAAAACCACUUACCGGUCAAUCUUCUUCGUAAACUGCAUUGUUGAUCUUAUUCAUCGGCAUAGAAAGAUAUUCUUUAAUAAUUAAAAUUAGCGCCAAGGAUGCAAACUGAGAUGGACAACAACGAAAAUCACGUUAUUCAAGGACUGGAGGCCCUUCUAAAGGGUGAAGAGGUCCAAGAAGUUUGUCACAGCAAAAGUUUUGAAGAGAUGAGGACCAGGUUUAGAGACAGUUUUAGUUUGGAUCAAUCAAAAGAUUCUGGGUUCACUUUUUCCAACCUGAGUUUUAGACAUACCCCAAGUGUAAACACAUCUAUUCAGAAUCAAUCCAUGGAGUCAGGCUUUUCAUGUGAAUUGUAUGAUACUUCAUUCAGUUUUAAACCAGCUGUUAAUGUUUCAUUUGAUGGAUGCUAUAUCGAAGAUGAUUUUGUGCCUGUAACUAGAGGGCUUGCACAAAAGCUUCAACAGUCACAGUGGCCUGCAAAACCUAAAACUGGGAUCCUUUCUAGUGCUGUUAGCCAUGGUGGUGAUAUUAAGAGUAAAACCCCUUCUUCACCUUCAAGCAUACAGGAAGCAUACACCCAAGUGAAAUAUACAUAUCUGAUGAGAAAGUGUUGGAAUAGCAUAUGUUGCAUAAGGAAACUUCAUACUCAGUUGACACAAAAGACUAUGGAUCUGGAACAACCAAUUGAAUGGAAUGUAAUUUGCUUGCUUGAUGCCUUCAAGAAUGAAAUUAUAGAAAUGACCAAAGAAUUCAGUGACUCAAAGCUUGCUUCCUUGCUACAUGAAAUUCAAAACUCUUUAGAGCUGGUGUACAGAAACAUUGGUUACAGUGCUAUGGAUUGGAAUGUGUUAAAACAACUUCAAAGACUGUCUAGUAAUUUAUUUGUGGCUCUCUAUUGUCAGUGCGUUCUACAGAAUUCACUAUCGACCCCUGCUGAAGAAAAGUUUCGUUCUGAGAAACGCUUUACAAUUUGGAACAGUUUGGUUUAGAAGUGUUCUGUUCUAAUCUUUUCAAGACCCCGUUCUUUUUUUUUUCCCCUGUUGAGAUUGGCAGAUAUACUUUCUUGUGGCGUGCCUAAUGUUUUUUCCCACACUGUACGAUAAAUAAAUCAAUAAAUGCA